AUGUUUCGAACGAAUCGGCUAUGUGAUUAUUUACGUGAAAUGAUACCAGAAAAAGCGGAUGAUGAACAACAACUUUGGAAGCGUCGUACUAGUAAUUUUUACAAUAAAACUAUAGAUACAACACGAACUACACUACGAGAAAUUACUGAUUAUGUUCUAUUAUACACUGAACUUGAACCGUGUUUAACAUGUAUUCGUUCCAUAGUCAACGAACGAAUUUUACUUAUCAUUUCGGAUAAUUACGCUGAAUUAUGUCUCGAUAAAAUUCAUGAUUUACCACAAGUUCAUUCGGUGUUUGUAUUUUGCAUGAAAGUAUCUCAAUACAAGCAGAGACUCUUCGAUUGGAAUCGUUACUCGAAAAUUAUCGAUGUUUUUGAUAAUGAAGAUCUAUUAAUCAAUUCAAUCCGACUGGAAUUAAAUGAUUUACAAAGGCAUUUACUUACAUUCAGUUUCUACGAUAGGCAGAGAUCAGUAAAGGAUCUUUCGAGAGAUUCAGCAUCGUUUCUCUGGUUUCAAUUAUUCAAAGAUGUUCUCUUUGAAAUUCCAAGUUCUGAACAAACAAAAGAUGAACUUAUCGAUCAAUGUUCACAAUACUAUCAGGGAAACUCGGAAGUUGUGGAAAAUAUUGAAGCAUUUAUUGAAAAGUACACGGAACAGAACGCGGUGGAGUGGUAUAGAAAGAAGACUUUCAUCAGUCGGCUGUGUAAAAAAGCCUUUCGUGUAAAAGAUAUCGAGAUUUUAUUUCUCUUUCGUAAUUAUUUACAAGAUUUAUGUCGACAAAUCGACAAAGAACAUGAUUAUUUAAUAACACGAGAACUCGACCAUCCUACAUUGAUAUUCUAUCGCGGAAUUCAAUUAAAUGAAGAUGUGAUCAUUCGUUUUCAAUCGCAUAUUGGUUCGUUGGUGACAACGAAUGGAUUUCUAUUUAGUACACGUCAUUACAAUACCGCAUUGCAAUCUGCAUUGAAGACAACGAAACAUUCGCCGGAGAUCUCGCCAGUUUUGUUCAUUAUUCAAACGAACAUUCAUCAUGACCAUAUUACAUUCGUGGAUACUUCAUCGCCAUCGACGGGUAUUAAAUGUGAUGAAGACGACGAUGGAGGAGAAGAAGGAGGAGAGAUUCUAUUCGGUUUAGGUUGUGCAUUUAAAAUAAAUGAAGUCUAUUUCGAUAAAAAUCGAAAUGUUUGGAUAGUUAAUAUCAGUUCCAGUAAUGAAGCACGAAGUAUUGUGGAAAGUUACAUGGAAGAGACACAAUAUGAAGUUGAAAAAGGCAAUCCACUGCUUCUGUUCGGUUCUCUUCUAACAGAAAUGAGACAAUAUCAUCAGUCACAAAUCUAUUGGAAUAUGUUACUUUCUUCGAAUAUAAUCGAAGAUCAAACCCCACUAUUAACCAACACUGGCCGAGUGAAGUACCAUCAAGGUUUAUAUGAUGAAGCACUACGGGAUUUCCAAACAGUUUAUGAUCUUCAACAUGAUGAAAAGCCGAUCAAUCAUCGAAUAUUGGGAGAGACUAUGCAUUUCCUUGGAUUGAUUUAUUCCGAACAGAAAAAUUAUGAUUUAGCACUCGAUUAUUUCUUCGACGUUUUCAAAAUUCACAAACAACACACGGAACUAUCCGAUCUUCUCCUAGCAAACACGAACAAUGCCAUAGGCAUUGUUUUCACUCACAAACAUGACUACGAUCAAGCCUUAAAGUACUUACUUCGUGCUAUGAAGCUUUACGAAAUGUAUUUCUCCACCAAAGAUCAUUCAGCUAUAGCUGCGAACUACAAUGGCAUUGGCUUAGCCUUUUAUUAUACGAAACAACACGAACAAGCAUUGGAAUAUUGUCUCGAAGCAUUACAUAUCCGCGAAGAAGUUUUACCCGGAAAUCAUUCACAUAUUGCCGAUAGUUGUAACAACGUUGCAUUGAUUUAUCAUCAUCUGUUUGAAUUUGAUCAAGCAUAUCAAUUAUUUCAACGUGCAUUAAAAAUCUACGAGAAUGAUAUAGCUCACAAGAUGCGCAUACCGAUUUGUUUAAAUAACAUUGGUUUACUUCAUUUAGAUCAAUCGAAAUACGAACAAGCGAUUGAAUACUAUUUACAAGCCUUAGAAUUUUACAAGCAAGAAGAUGAUGACGAGAAAUUUCAUGAAGAAAUUUGUUUUACAUUGGAUAAUUUAGGUAUUGCCUAUGAAAUGAAAUCUGAUUAUGAUAAUGCUUUGAAAUAUUAUCAAUGUGCAUAUGAGAAAGAAGAGGAAGAUUCGUCUAAAUCAAUUCGAAUUCUCAUCCGAAUCGGAAAUAUUUAUCACAAAAAAGGCGACAAUGAGCAGGCAUUAGUCUGCUAUCAGAACGCUUUAGAUAAGAGUGAAAAUUGCCCAUCCGAUCUGGUCGCCUCGGUGUUAAUGUCCAUGGGUAUUAUUUAUCAUCGACAAAAACGUUAUGAACUAGCACUUGAUACAUACAAACGUGUGAUCGCACUUCAGAAACAUCUAUCAUCAAAUCAUGAAUUAGAUUUAGCUUGGACAUACAAUAAUCUCGGCUGCCUCUAUGAUGACAUGGGCGAUAUGAAACGAGCACUGCGGUAUCAACAAAGAGCAUAUGAUAUUCGAAGAAAAUUCCUGCAAUCGACUCAUCCUGAUCUAGCUAUUAGUUUGAAUAAUCUCGGACGUAUUCAUCAAGCGCUCUCGCAUCUUGCAGGCGGAGAUCCACUCGAAGCGGAACAAGCAUUACAAAAUUACAAAGCUGCUCUUCAUAUUCGGCGAAAAUCUCUGGCAAAUGAUCAUCCUGAUUUAGCAAUAUCGUAUUACAAUCUUGCUCUCGUGCAUGUCGAUCAACAAGAAUACGAACAAGCGUACAGUGAAAUUCAAAAGGCAUUGAAUAUUCAAAGGAAGAGAUUACCAAAUCAUCAUCCCGAUUUAGAACAAACUUUGAAACUUGAAAAACGAAUUCGAAUCUUGCUUGAUUAUCGACAAACUCUUGCACGUUAUACAUAA